GAUUUCGGAAAAGCAAUCGAGUUCAGUCAGCAAGGUCUAGUUAUCGCUAAAGAGGUCGGAGACAAAGAGUCAGAAGGAAAGGCGUAUGGCCACCUUGGUCAUGCGUAUUCUUCUCUUUGUGAUUUCCCAAAAGCAGUCGAGUUCUAUCAGAAGAAUGUCAGUAUCGCAAAAGAGGUUGAAGAUAAAAAAUCAGAAGAAAUGGCAUACAUCAACUUUCGCGUUGUGUACUGUGACGACCUCGGUGAUUUCAGAAAAGCAAUCGAGUUCUUUCAGCAAGGACUAGCUAUAGCUAAAGAGGUGGGAGACAAAGAAUCAGAAGGGAGGGCGUAUUGGGACCUUGGCAUUGCGUAUUCUUCUCUUUAUGAUUUGUCAAAAGCAAUCGAGUUCUAUCAGAAAAAUAUCAGUAUCGCAAAAGAGGUUGAGGAUAAAAAAUCAGAAGAAAAGGGAUACAACAACCUUGCCUGGGUGUAUUCCUCACGCGGUGAUUACAGAAAAGCAAUUGAGUUCUAUCAGCAGGGUCUAACUAUCGCUAAAGAGGUCGGAGACAAAGAGACAGAAAGAAUGGCAUAUUGGAAGUUUGGUAUUACGUAUUCUUCUCUCUAUGAUUUCCCAAAAACAAUCGAGUUCUAUCAGAAGAAUGUCAGUAUCGCAAAAGAGAUUAGUAAUAAAAAAUCACAAAAAGAGGGAUACAUCAACCUUGGCGUUGUGUACUGUGACCACCUCGGUGAUUUCAGAAAAGCAAUCGAAUUCUCUCAGCAAGGUCUAGUUAUCGCUAAAGAGGUCGGAGACCAAGAAUCAGAAGAAUGGGCGUAUUGGAACCUUGGUAUUUCGUAUGCUUCUCUUUAUGAUUUCCCAAAAACAAUCGAGUAUUAUCAGAAGAAUGUCAGUAUCGCAAAAGAGGUUGAAAAUAAAAAAUCAGAAAAAAUGGCAUACAUCAACCUUGCCCGGCUGUAUUCCUCCCACGGUGUUUACAGAAAUACAAUUGAGUUCUAUCAGCAGGGUCGAAACGUCUAACUAUCGCUAAAGAGGUCGGAGACAAAGAGACAGAAAGAAUCGCGUAUUGGAAGUUUGGUAUUGCGUAUUCUUCUCUCUAUGAUUUCCCAAAAACAAUCGAGUUCUAUCAGAAGAAUGUCAGUAUCGCAAAAGAGAUUAGUAAUAAAAAAUCACAAAAAGAGGGAUACAUCAACCUUGGCGUUGUGUACUGUGACCACCUCGGUGAUUUCAGAAAAGCAAUCGAAUUCUCUCAGCAAGGUCUAGUUAUCGCUAAAGAGGUCGGAGACCAAGAAUCAGAAGAAUGGGCGUAUUGGAACCUUGGUAUUUCGUAUGCUUCUCUUUAUGAUUUCCCAAAAACAAUCGACUUCUUUCAGAAGAAUGUCAGUAUCGCAAAAGAGGUUGAAGAUAAAAAAUCAGAAAAAGAGGGAUACAUCAACCUUGCCUGGGUGUAUUUCUCCCGUGGUGAUUACAGAAAAGUAAUUGAGUUCUAUCAGCAGGGUCUUACUAUCGCUAAAGAGGUCGGAGACAAAGAGUUAGAAGAAAAGGCGUAUGCGCACCUUGGUGGUGCGUAUUCUUCUCUCUAUGAUUCCCCAAAAACAAUCGAGUAUUAUCAGAAGAAUGUCAGUAUCGCAAAAGAGGUUGAAAAUAAAAAAUCAGAAAAAAUGGCAUACAUCAACCUUGCCCGGCUGUAUUCCUCCCACGGUGUUUACAGAAAUACAAUUGAGUUCUAUCAGCAGGGUCUAACUAUCGCUAAAGAGGUCGGAGACAAAGAGACAGAAAGAAUGGCGUAUUGGAACCUUGGUAUUGCGUAUUCCUCUCUCUAUGAUUUCCCACAAGCAGGCGAGUUCUAUCAGAAGAAUGCCAAUAUCGCAAAAGAGAUUGGAAAUAAAAAAUCAGAAAAAAUGGCUUACAACUGGCUUGGUUGUAUGUACGAUGACUCCCUCCACGAUUUCAGAAAAGCAGUCGAGUUCUUUCAGCAAGGACUAGCUAUCGCUAAAGAGGUCAGAGACAAAGAGGAAGAACGAAUUGCUUAUAGGAACCUUGGUAUUGCGUAUUAUUAUCUCUAUGAUGUCUCAAAAACAGUCGAUUUCUAUCAGAAGGAAGUUAGCAUCGCAAAACUGAUUGGAGAUAGAUUAUCAGAGGGUAAAGGGUAUCUCAGCCUUGGGAGUCUGUAUUCCAAACUCGGCGAUAACAAAAAAGCAAUCGAGCUUCUGCAGAAAAGUCUGAGCAUCGCUGAAAAGUCCGGAGACAGAGCUGCACAAGGAUACGCAUAUAUAAAGCUUGGUAAGGUGUAUAACAAUCUCCGUUUCUUGGAAAAGGCAAACGAUUUUUCUCAAAAAGGGCUUAACAUCAGUAAAGAGAUCAAACACAAAGAGUUAGAAGGAUAUGCAUAUGAGAACUUUGGUGAUUUUUUAUUGGCAUCUCGGUGACCGCAAAGCAUCAUUCGAGUUCUGGGAGAAGGCUCUAAGAUUCGCAAAAGAGACUGGGGAUAAAGCGUUGGAAGGACUUAUGUACAGAAAUUUGGGCUUUGCUUUACAGUAUUUCAGCAACUUCGAGAAGGCAAUCGAAUUCCUUCAGCAAGCUCUCAGCAUAGCUAAAGAGAUCAAAGACAAAAUCUUGCAUAAAUCUGCGAAUGAGGCUCUAGGUUUUGUGUUUGCUUCUCUUGGUAACUCCUCUAAAGCAGACGAACAUUUUAAAUCCAGCAUAAAAGUGUUUGAAGAAAUAAGGGAUGUCCAAAACAAAGAUGAAUGGAAAAUCAGCUUUCACGAAAGAUAUGAAAUUUAUUCUUCUUUAUGGUGUCCUCUUUUAGCAAAAGGCAAGAUCACCGAGGCACUUUUUACAGUUGAACGUGGACGAGCACGAGCUCUCAGGGACCUUAUGGAAUCAAAUUAUGGAGUGAAAUCGGCCCCGUCAUCUUCGGAAGACCUAAUAGAAAGAAUGUCUCGUAUUUCAAGCCAUAAUUCAUCAUCAACGAUAUUUCUAGCGGAACACGGCAAGACGUUGAACUUCUGGGUACUACUGAAGGGACAACAGUGUCAGUUUGUGCGAAAAGAAAUCAAUCAGACCUUGACCAGUUUGAAGAACGAAACAUACAAACAAAUUGGUGUGAGAGGUUUCAGAUGCGCGGAACGCUUCUUGGACGAUCCUUUAGAUGAAGAGAAGAAAGGGUUGCCUGAUAGGGCUAGUACAGAGGAGAAAGAAUCAACGUCAUCGCAAGAAGAUUUAAAAGCAUUGUCUGACGUAGUGAUCGCUCCGAUUUCACACUUGAUAAAAAGUGAGGAGCUUAUCAUUGUCCCCGAUGGUUCAUCGUUUUUGAUUCCUUAUGCUGCCCUGGUUGACCAACAUUCCAGAUUUUUGUCUGAAACGCUGAGAAUUCGCAUGGUUCCAUCUCUAAACAUUUUAAUGUUUUUGGCAGAGCGUCCGGAAAAGUAUGAUAGUCCAUCUGGUGCACUGCUUGUUGGUAAUCCGUGGGUGGAAACUGUGCGCCUUAAAGGCUGCAGACCGUUUCCGCAGCUCCCUGGUGCCGAGGAAGAGGUAAAAAUGAUUGGACAGAUACUUAACACUGAGCCCCUCACUGGAAAGAAUGCCACAAAAGAGCAAGUGUUAAGUAGGCUCAAUUCAGUGUCCUUAGUCCACAUCGCAGCUCAUGGUCGUGCCGAAACUGGUGAAAUUAUCUUGUCUCCUAAUCUUCCUGGUUCCCAAAGGCCCAAAGAGAAAGACUUUCUUUUGACGAGGGCAGAUGUAUUAAACACCAGAUUGCGCGCCAAGCUUGUUGUCCUGAGCUGCUGUAACAGUGGGAGGGGAGAGAUCAAAUCAGAGGGCGUGGUUGGAAUUGCACGUGCCUUUCUAGGAGCCGGUGCGCGUUCUGUUAUUGCUUCUCUGUGGUCAAUUGACGACAAGGCCACUCUGGCGUUCAUGAAAGUCUUUUAUGAACAUUUGGCGACAGGGCAAAGCGCAAGUAUGUCCCUCCAUCAGGCCAUGAAAUGGAUGCAAAAGUCUAAACUUUUCAAAGCCGUUAAGCACUGGGCACCAUUUAUGCUGAUUGGC